UGCAGAUCCAAAUUCCGUACUUGUAUGACUGGUUGCCGUCGUAUCUUCGUUUAAUUUCUAUAUCCUGAAUAUCUCCAUUGACAGGGAUCCACAUUCUCCAAUAUCGCUGGCGCCGAGCAGGACGAUGCUGGCGCACUCAGAGUCCCUGAAACAACAAAAAGGCCAGGUUUAUCACUCAGCGACCUACCUGCGUCGUCCAUCGGGCAGUUUUUAGUUUGACACUGGCGUGCGUUUUCCGAACAGUCUGGGGCACAUGUUCAAAACCUGGGGAAAAUACUGGUAUAUUAUAAGCUCACUGCCCGCUCAUCACUCCGUUUACAACUAUCGGCCACUCCACUCUUGGCCUACCUAGUCCUCGAUUAUCAUGGCAAACUAUUAUGACGAGAUCCCGCUGAAGCUCAUCGAAUGGAUAUUGAAGCAGCAGAUGUUUUGGGUAGCUACGGCUGCGCUGCAGGGAGAUGGGCAUGUCAAUGUCUCUCCCAAGGGCACUGCGAAUUGUUUCCACGUCGAGAGUCCUACCAGAGUUUGGUAUGAGGACCUUACGGGUAGUGGUGUCGAGACGAUUUCGCACAUGCGCCAGCCCGGAAACGGUCGUAUUACGAUUCUCUUCAAUGCGUUCGAAGGACCCCCUAGAAUCCUCCGGUUGUGGGGAAAAGGCACCGUGUACGAAUUCGGCACGCCAGAAUACAACGACUUCAUUCCCCUGUCCGACCGCAAAGCCGGCUCGCGCGCGAUCAUCGUCAUCGAUGUACAGAGAGUCGGAACGUCAUGCGGUUACGGCGUCCCAUUUUACAAAUACGAGACCCAGCGUACGCUCCUCGAGCGUUGGUGUGACUCGAUGGAAAUUUUUGAUCGUGAUGGCGAAACUCGUCAAUCCCCUCCCCCCUAUGAAUCCGAGGCCCCCGUAAAAGACCCGCGUGGGAUUAAAGCGUGGUGGACUGCUGAGAAUCUCGAGAGUUUCGACGGCCUUCCGGGCCUACAAUCCGCACACGACAGCAGCAUCUUGCCCAUCAACACAUUCGACAAAAAGGCCUCGCAUCGUAGUAUUGGUCAGAUCAGGGCUGCCACCGAGACAAAGGCUACAGGGAAAGGUGCCAAUGCCAACGCCAAGUCGAAUUCGAGGGAAACAAUGAGACUGUUGAUGGCUUUUGGAGCAGGGGUCAUGAUGACGGUGGGUUAUGUGAAGUUCGCUGCUUCACGUGUCCCGGUGUCUUUGAGAGUGUGACGUAGAAAUAGUUCCACGUACGGAAUAUAUUCUCAAGAUAGUUAGAGCAAUUAUGUGCGUUCUCAAACUUGUUUCAUCAUCUCGUCAUAAGGCAGAAAAUCAAAAACUCCAAGCCAA